GACAACCAGCUCAGUGGAAUGGUGCCAAUGGAGCUGGGUAAGUUGAACCUUCUUACCCGGCUUAAGUUACAUGUCAAUCAACUUGUUAGUGAUAGCAGCAACACAUUGUCUUUUCUAACUUCUCUCACAAAUUGCUCCCAAUUGCAAGAAAUAAAAGUGUCGGAUAAUCAUCUCACUGGUAUAUUGCCCCCAUCCAUAGGCCAACUGUCUUCCAAUAUCCAAUUCUUGAAAUUAUCAAACAACAUGAUAAGCGGAAGCAUACCACAACAGAUUGCCAAUCUAACAAACUUAACAUACUUGAGCUUAAGCGAUAAUCUUUUGAGUGGCAAUAUUCCAUCUGGAAUUAAAGAUUCCAGAAGUUGGAAAGAUUGUAUUUGGGUGGGAACAAAUUAGAAGGAAGCAUUCCAAGUGAGAUAGGUCAAAUGCAACAUCUCGGACUCCUAAAUCUUAGUCACAACGGGCUAUCUGGAAAAAUGUCUGAUUCUCUUUGUAACCCCCAACAGCUAAGACGUCUUUUACUUCAGCACAACAACUUGUCAGGGGAGAUCCCUGUUGUUUUAGCAGGAUGUCAAAAUUUAGAGCUCAUUGACUUAUCUUACAAUAAAUUAGGUGGAAGGAUACCUCCUGAUUUCAUUGCCAGCCUUAAAAAUCUGGUUUUCUACCUCAACCUUUCGUGGAAUUCUCUGGAAGGGUCUUUGCCAGUAGAGAUGAGAAAAAUUGCAAUGGCUCAAGCCAUAGACAUCUCUGGAAAUCUGCUUACUGGGCUGAUUCCGAUUUCUCUUGGAGACUGCACAGCAUUAGAGCAUCUAAAUCUUUCCCACAAUGCCUUUGAAGGUCCAAUUCCAGAUUCCCUCUCCAAAUUACAAAAUCUCCUAGAAAUGGAUCUUUCUAACAAUUCUUUAUCAGGUUCAAUACCAAUGUCCCUUCAAAGACUAAAAGUACUUCAAUACAUGAAUGUUUCAUUCAAUAAUUUGUCAGGGCAGAUUCCAAAAGGAGGGUUGUUUCCAAAUAAAACUGUUAUAGAAUUGUUUAUGGGAAACCCUGGCCUCUGUGGACCAAUGAAUUAUUCAUUGCCUCCAUGCACAAAGAAGAGUCAAGAAAAGCAUUCACUGCUUAAAAAAAUAGUCUUAUCAGUUGUUGGAACUAUUGCGUUUAUAUUGUGCUCCUUCAUCUUACUAAUUUUAUGGAGAUAUAAACUUUCAAGCCAACUAUUCCAUCCCUCAAACUUUAUUUUUCAAAGGCAUAGCUAUCCAAAAUUUUCUUAUCAAGAUCUUGUCACAGCAACAGCCGAAUUUGAUGAGUCAAACUUGCUUGUAGUGGGUAACUUCGGAUCAGUCUACAAAGGAAUUUUGAGGGAUGGUAAGAUAGUUGCAAUCAAGGCUCUUAAUUUGCAGAAUGAAGAAGCUCAUAAGAGCUUCGAAACAGAAUGCAAAGUAUUAGGGAGGAUUCGGCACCGUAACCUGAUCAAAAUCAUAAGUGCAUUUUCCUACCCUGGCUUCAAAGGUCUGGUUCUUCAAUUUGCAUCUAAUGGGAGCUUGGAGAAACAUUUGCACCCUGACAGAGAUGAUCAGGAAUUUUGUAAAUUGGGAUUGGAGGACUGUUUGAGCAUUGCUGUGGAUGUUGCCCAUGGCAUGGAGUAUUUACAUCAUGAUUGUCCUUUGCAAAUGGUGCACUGUGAUUUAAAACCUAGCAAUGUGCUCCUGGACGCCAACAUGACGGCCCUUGUGACUGAUUUUGGUAUAUGCCGUUGUAUUACUCCAAAUUCCAUAGAUUCAUUUAGUGCUGCAACAUUUGCACUCAAAGGAUCUAUUGGCUAUAUUGCUCCAGAGUAUGGAUUGUGGGGGGGUGUUUCCACAAAGGGAGAUGUUUACAGUUAUGGAAUUCUGAUACUAGAGAUGGUUACAAGGAAGAGGCCAAGUGAUGACAUGUUUGUGGGAGACCUGAACUUGCAAAACUGGAUGAGGUCAGCUUUUCCAGACAGAUUAGCAGAUAUUGUUGAUGGUGGGCUAUUGAGAGAUAUGAAUGAAAACAUGGAAGACAAUAGAUGUCUUCUUUCUUUCAUUCAUGUUGGUUUGCUUUGUAGCAGUGAAUCACCAAGAGAACGACCUUCCAUGAGAGAUGUAGCCAGGUUUUUGGAGAAUCUCAAGACAUCUUUCAUGGGAGGUGCAGUUGCUUCAAAUUUAACAGCCACCAUAUCAGACCUCCUGCGCCAUACCAAUCGCGCAGAAACAUCGGUAUCUGACAGUCAAAGUUCUACAUUUUAGAUAUUUAUAAGCUCAAUUAGUAAGUUUUAGUUCUUUUAUGUUUGGUAGUUUCAAGUUUGUUUCUUUCAAUGUAAAAUCGUUCUUAGGAUAAAUUGUAGUUCUUUCGAGUCUGCGAGGUGUUCCAAUUCAUGAAUAAGCAUUAUACUACUUUCAGAGUGGAUAAUGUUGUCUAUAUAAACUUUCUAAAAUACUGUAAAACGUGUAUUCAAAUCACUUUGUCUCAUAAUAGGCUAUCCGGCCGUGUUUAACAUUCUUGGUUUUGUAUAA